GGAAAGGAAUGACGAACCGAUCGGCGAACCAAUUAACCGAUAGACUAAUCGAUCGACCGGUCGAUCGAACGAUUGAACGAUUCAACGACCAGACGAACGGACGAACGAACGAACGAUCGAACGAUCGAACGAUCGAACACCGAUCCAGAAAGUUAUUCUGGGAAUUUACUACGGAACUCGAAGGCGAGCUACUUUCCGCUUUCAGAGAAGUUGUCGAGUUAUUUAUAGCAUUUUACCGCGAUACAUUCAUUGGGAAAGGACAUUUUCUCUUUUCUCUUAUUAAAUCUCCACCUUAUCCUUCGUUUCCUCUUCCUUCUUCUCCACUACUCGCGCAUUCGCAUCCAUCUCGUGGAACUGAUUCUCUUUCACUGGUUGGAAAAUUCACGCAUGCAACGUAAUAACUUCACGAUUCUCGACUGAUGGUCGUUUGGACGUUACACGAUAUCCUGUACCGACGCAAAAAUUCCUUGGCUCGCGCAUCUCUGUUGAAUCUUUGAAGAAUCUUGAUCAAUAGCGAGAAUUUGAAUAAGCUGUCGAAUCGAGUUGGUUUUGGUAAACGCGCGUCGAUGGAAUUUUUGGAUCGAUCGAAUCGAUAUCGAAUCAGACAGGAUCGGAUCGGAUCGGAUCGGAUCGGAUCGGCUAGGGUCGGGUCGCAUCGGUUCGGAUCGGAUCGUUGAUUGUGAUCAGAAAUAAAUGCGGCAACCUUUUCGCUGUUACUCAACGUGCAUACGAUUUAACGCGCGAAGAAACACGCGCGCGGUGUGGUGUAUCGGAAAGGGUGACGAGAGAGGGUGGGAGCGAAGUAGGUAUCGGGUAGGGGGGAGGGUGUAGCAAUGAACGGUUGCGCGCAAGAGGAACCUAGGCUGAUCGUAGUCGUUUCGAGUGGUCGCUUGACUCGUACAGGAGGGUCUUUUAACCGUCCAUUCGCGUUAAGUGGCAGUAGUACCUACGGAGGGGCACGACCGUGUAACAGAAAAGGAUGGCGAAGCGUGUGCGUGCUUUACAGCCCUACGCGACCAGUUCGAGUCAGUAUUCGUCGCGCGAUUGUCUACUCUGUUAUCGAUGCUUUGCUAUGCUCCGUCGAAGCUGAUUGAAAUUGGUGUCGUGUGUUUCCACUAUGAUCCGUUAUUCUCUUUUUUCUCAAGUAUCGUUGCAUGCCUGCUGUAAUUGAAUUGAAUCGAGCAGAGUCGAGUCGAUCGAUUCGUACCGUAGCUUACCUUGCCGUCCGGCCUGUGUCCGCCCCGAUCGAAUCGCGAAACGAUUCGGUUCUCUAUUCAACGCGUUACGAACAUUCGAUUCUUUCUCGAUCAACCCCUUCUACUUUGACGUUCGUUCGACGAACGCGACAAACAAUGUCGCGAAAUAAUCGGUACCGGUAAUGGUAGCAGUGCCUUGUCGGAUAAUCGAAUCAAGAACGACCGUCGUAACGUGCAGAACCAACUGCCGGAUCACGAGUAAAACUACACGAGUACGAUAGCUCGUGCGUGUACAGUUGCGUUCGUUUGUGUAACAUACCCGAUCUAUGAGAUUCGGAAGGAAGCUUGGUCAACCUUUCAAUCGAGAAACAAAGAUGACGGGGAUCGCGACGACCACGACCACGGCCACAACCGCCGUCACGAUCACGAUCACGACUACGACAAUCACGCCUACAACCACCACGACGAUGUCGACGACCACGACGACCACCACGACGACAAAAAGUAGCAUGGCUAGGGGUUCCGACGAAACAAGGGUAUAGGGGGAAGAUGAAGGUAUCGAAAGAGGACGAUACGAGAACAAUUUAAAAGGUGAGCGAUGGAAGACUUUUGUAAAAGGCAAAAGACAAAAGACAAAAGACAAAAGAUACAAGAUACAUGGUGAAUGGUGAAUGGUGAGUGGUGAACGGUGAUUAAUAAAAAGCAAAAGUCAACAGGUAAAAAGAAAAGUGAAAAGAAAGGAAAAGAAAAGAGGAGGAGUGCGAAACUAUAUAUAUCAAGUGAAACCAGAAAGAAAUUCGUGUUGCUCAACGUUCGAGGAAUUCAACGAUUCUGCUGGUAGGAGGAUACUCGACCAACCGAUGUUCAGCUCGAGCGCGUGAGAAAAUUAGUUGGAGCGUAUGCAGUGACUGGCACGGAUACAGACAUUAAACCUAUCAGCUCUCUUUGCUGUUGACAGCCCGGGAUCGUAUCGUAUCCAAGUUGGGUGUUAUGCAAUCGAAAUAUUGGUAAAUCCAUGAAAAGGAAGGAAUACGCGGUUGCCGAGUAUCGUAAGCCAACGAGCGAAUGCAGACGCGAGAAAAGUGUAAUUUAAUUUUCGAACGGACCAGACUAGAGCACCUGGAGCGGAGUAAAGUGGACUAAAGGAGGCUAGAGAGGACUAGUGGGAACUAGAGGGGGCUCGAGGGGACCAGGUGUGAUCAAACCGAGGACAGACCGAGUUGUACGCGCAGAAACUGUUGGUGUUCAAGUUCUAGUUCUAGUUCUAGUUCUAGUUCUAGUUCUAGUUCUGGACCGGUGAUCGCGAAAAAGUGCUACCGCGAGCUUUGCGAACAGGGAUGAAAUUACCUUGAGAUUCGGAGCAUUGGGACCGGUGGGACUGAUUCGGUUCCGGCACGGUGUUCGUCGAGGGAGAUGAAGCUGCCGCCGGCGCAUAUGAUCCACCAUGGGGGACAACGACCGUCGUCACGUUACGAGAAGUCGUGUCAACUUUGCGAUUCGCUACACUAUGCACCGACAACAGGGGCUUCGAUCGGCGUCGUCGUCUCCUUCGUCGUUGUCUUUGCUACUUUCAACGUCUCGGUCGUCCGUCUCGAGCGUACUGCUAUCACCGGCUGCGCCGACGUCGAUGUCGACGUCGGCCCUGACACCGACGCCGAGCCCGAUACCGACGACAUCCAUUACCACCCCGACGUCAUCCAUCGUUUUGCCUGCUUCGUCGAGCUGGUCGACUUCGAAAUUGUCACCGUAUGUCUGGAACGUCGAGCAGACGGCUUGCUCGAGCUUGUCUUUGCUAUCGAGCGACUCUUCGAUCGUGUCGUCGUCCACGAUAUCGGUACCGAUACCUUGUCCGAGGCUGGUCUCUAUUCUGGCUUGGUCAAUGACACUGUUGCUCGUCACGUCGUGUAUCGGUUUAACGGACGCUGGGAUCUUAAACGGGCAUCCCUUAGGUAAAAGGUCCUUUAUCGAUAUCCAAUGCAAAGGUAUAUACGACAAGAGCAUCUUCGCCCGGCUGGAUCGUAUUUGCGAGGACUGCUACAACUUGUUUCGCGAGCCUCAGCUACAUCAAUUGUGCAGGAAAAACUGCUUCACCUCGGAGUACUUCAAAGGAUGCUUAGACGUGCUAUUGCUGCAGGAUGAAGUAGAGAAAAUCCAAACGUGGAUCAAGCAACUUCACGGAGCAGAACCCGGGGUUUAGGCAAACUUGCUUCGGUACACAAUACUUUACAAGCUGCGUUCAAGCGUUGCUGCUCGAGGACGAGAAGGAAAAGUUCCAGGAGAUGGCCGAUUACCUAGGGCGGAAGAAAUAAGAAGAACAGGAUCACGGACAGACGACUCGUUCACGCUCACGUUCACGUUCACGUUCACGUUCAUAUUCACGAUAUCCGCAAUGAACAAUUCUCCUGUUAACGAUCGAUACCACUGGGAGGAACGAAAACCGAGCGUCACCCGGAGGCAAUCGUAACGAUUACACCCGUGGUGCAUGAGAAAUCCCGACAUCCGUUAGUAUUACAUUCUUCGUGACUUCCGAAAGAUGGAAAACACUCCUGAACUCACUGAGGAUUCGCAGCACGUUAUACAACAGUCAUACCUCCUCCUCUUUUUUGCAAACCGAUGAAACCUGAAGCGCCGACGGCGGUGCUGGCAACGCGUGCAUCUGUUCGAUUAAACGAUUCCAUUCGACGCGCGAACAUGGUUGAAAACAAACAGUUGAAAACAAUUGAAAACAAUCGAAAACAAUCGAAAACAAUUGAAAACAAUCGAAAACAAUCGAAAACAAUGAAAACAGGCAUACCAGACGGGAGAAGAGAACAAUUCGACAGAUGCGGUUGGACCAGUGUGUUGACCAGAAGCAAACACGAAUCAUGGUCCGUUACAACAGUUGCCAUUAUUGUACGCGUUGUCACCACCGCUCUCGCCGUCUUCGUUCUUACGAAAGGUUGUAUAUCAAACUAGGAAAGCGAAACGGUGUGAGCGAAUCAUGCCUGCAUGCGCGUGCGUGCGUGCGAUUAAUCCAUACGAAUCUAGUCGACAGAAUAUUUGCGCUCUCGUAUUGCGCCAUGUUUUUACCCAAUUAAUUAUUAAUUAUUUAUGUUGAGCAUUGCCGUACGUUAUUACGGCGAUUAUUAUUUUUUAUUUUAUUGAUAUCGAUAUUAAUUUUUAGCAGAAAUCAAUCGAGUACGUGUUACUUAUGCAGCGUGUGCUUCCGCGAAGUAGAUGGAUAGAGUCUAGCCUCGUUCAUCGAAAUUCCGAUGAGAAAAUUUUGCUCGAUCAAAUGAUGUGUAACAGGUACACGAACAGAGAAAUAAUACUCGUGCAAUGCAUGAUUUCUAGUUGCUGUCGUAAAGCUCAUUCUCCUGCCAGUCGUUGAAUCUUUUUCACGAUUGGUACUGAAAAAAGGUACUGAAUUGAAAUUUCGGAAUAUCUGAGAAACCGUAACCGUAAUCGUAACCGUAACCGUAACCGUAACCCUAACCCUAACUCUAACAACCCUAACCCUAGCCCCAACCGUAACCGUAACCGUAACCGUAACCGUAACGCGCGCCGGUAACGUCUAUUGCAAAAGUUCUUAUUCGUUUCCUGUUAACGUAAAUUUCUUAGAUACUUUUUCACUCGUUCCAACCAUUGUUGCAACUGAAAUGUCAAUUUUAGAAAUGCUUGAAUCGUCGUUGUCGCCACCGAGUACAUUGCAACUGCUGCUCCCGUGUACUAUUUCCACUGUUCUUCUACCAAUAUUUUCGCUACCAUUGCUAUCAGAUUUGAACUACAACAAGGACCGUUACCACUUUUGUUUCAUUUGUAAAUACCGCUAACAUGUUUAAUAUCAUUAUUGCUAUUGCCACUAUUACCACUAGCACUACCAUUACCAUUACCAUUAGCAUUAGCAUUACCAUUACCAUUACCAUUACCAUUACCAAUAC